GCUCGUGGUUAAUGUACUCAUUUCUUAGACUGUUGAACUUUGAAAUAGGAAGUAUUUCCGCAAAUUUCAACUGCGUUUUAGCCUUAUUGUGACCUUUUAUGUACACAUAAUGCACGCAACACGAAACAUCAAACCACAUAAUAAUGUAUAUUUUUUAUAAAAGAACGCAUGAAUCAUAGUGUAGGUUAUCUCUUAUUGUGAUAUACAAUAUUAAAUUUAUAAAUUAAUAAUAAUGGAGAUUGAGUAUCUCUACACGUUGUCAUUCCUGAACCGUGUCGCUGACUUUUUUUUGUUUCUCAUAUUUUCCCGUUUUUGGAUCCGACCCCAACUUACGAAAAUUUUCUCACCAAUUUUGAUUAAUUUCCGGCGACAACAAUGGGGCAGCAGCAACAACGUCCAAUCUCAAACCGUCCCAUUUCAUUUCUAAACCGCAACGGUCUUUUCCUCCUCCUUCUAGCUCUCUUGGUUCUCCUCGGUGUAUGCUUACCUUUGUCAGAGUUUCCCUUAUUCAUGUUUCCAAACAGAACCUCAACUUCUUCUCCUCCACCUUCUCCUUCUUUUGUGGUCUCUGACUGGCGUGACUAUACCCUUGCUCAGGCGGCCAAGUUUGUGGCUAAGAAUGGGACGGUGAUCGUCUGCGCAGUUAGUUAUCCUUUCUUGCCUUUUCUCAACAACUGGCUGAUUAGCAUUUCUAGACAGAAGCAUCAUGAAAAAGUUCUCGUGAUCGCUGAAGAUUAUGCUCUUCUGUACAAAGUUAACGAGAAGUGGCCUGGUCAUGCCGUUCUCAUUCCUCCAGCGUUGGAUCCUAAAGCCGCACACCAUUUUGGUUCCCAGGGUUUCUACAAUCUUACUUCUCGGAGACCACAACAUCUCUUGGACAUUUUGGAGCUAGGUUACAAUGUUAUGUACAAUGAUGUUGAUAUGGUCUGGCUACAAGAUCCGUUUAAGUAUUUACAGGGAAGCCAGGACGUAUACUUUAUGGAUGACAUGACUGCGAUUAAGCCUUUAAAUCACUCUCAUGGUUUACCACCGAGUCGAAACGGAGUGACUUAUGUAUGUAGCUGCAUGAUUUUCUUGCGUUGCACUAGUGGUGCAAAGCUUCUAUUGAAGAAAUGGGUGGAAGAAAUUCGAGCUCAGCCUUGGUCUAACACUGAAGCAAAGAAACCACAUGAUCAACCUGCUUUUAAUCGGGCACUUCACAAAAUAACUCAGAUAGAUGUCUACUUGCUUCCACAAUCAGCUUUCCCGUCAGGAGGAUUGUACUUCAAGAACCAGAAAUGGGUUAAUGAGACAAAGGGAAAACAUGUGAUAGUUCAUAAUAAUUACAUUGUCGGCUACAAAAACAAGUUGAAACGCUUUCAAGAUUUUGGUCUGUGGCUAGGCGAUGAUCAUUUUCAUGAGUCACCACUGGGAAAAAUAGAGUUAGUCCAAGAGGAAAAUAAUGAAGAGAAGAAACAGAAGGAAAGAGGUUUAAAAUAGGAGUCAAAAACGGAACUUCCUCUAGAGGAUUUCUUAUAUACAACAAAAUUGGAUCUUAAAAUUAUUGCUCGAAGAUGUAUUCAGAUACAAUUUUUUUUGCUAUGACAGUAAAUCAACACUAUAGUAUCACAAGCAUCUCUAGAUAGUGACACUUAGGCAUUUUACAGAUUAACAUAUCAACUAGCUAACGGUCAGAAGUUGCUUUUUCCUCAAAGAUGCCUCUCUAACCAAAACUAAUUUAACUUCUACAAUUCAUCAAGACCAUCCGGUACGUCAUCUAGUAAUCUGCCUCCUGUAACUACUGUAGUUGGUAAACAGGUUCAAGGUGAAAGUAAGGCAACAGGUAACAAAGAGCUAGCAGUUAUCUUUGGAAGUAUUUCUUUUGCUGCUUUAAAAUCAUCCGAAGAAGAUGAUGUUCUCCCAGAUGAUUCUUCAGAGAAGGACCAAUCGCUUCACGCCGACGAUCAUUUGACAGUUUCUACUAAAAGGACUUUGAGAGAUCGCCCUGUCAAAACUUCUCAAAAAAUCAAAUCGUGGAAGCUAAGGCUAGUUUAGUAACCUCGUGGCAAUCGCUGCAGACGCGUAGAUUCU